ACUUUCAACAACACUAGUCACGGCGAAGACCUCCGUACGGCUGGCUGGCUGUCGCUGUUAGCGUCCUCUCUACCCCGCAGUCAUGUCUCUUGGCUCCGGACUUCACUCCCGUAAAUUCGGCUGUCAAUAAGUUAACUUUUGUGGCAUAUAUUGGGAGUUUGGCGGAGAUUAGAUGCUUCUGUGAACGACUUCUGGGUGGUCGUGAACGCCGAAGAGCACAUUUUCUGAGAAUUUGACAGUUUCUUCAACCGCGUAACUGGUGUCUUUUUUUGGUUGUACUGCGACGGAACUCAACAACAUACAGUAACGAGUCAUGUCUCGUAGAAGUUCUCGCCUGGUGUCUGGUGGCUACUACAACUCGGAUGAGGAUUCAGACUCAAGUAGUGUGACAAACAUAUCGUACCGCGAAAACCCUGUCAAGGUUUUCAAGAAGAAGUCAGGGACACGCAAGGCCAGCCCCCGAACCUCCAGCAUAGCCAACAGCAAUGCCAGUUCACUCAGCCGAGAGACACCUGGCACUGAAGGCCCCUGCGAUGGCCUAAGUCCAUCGCCCCUGAGCAGCCAGACCCAGCCCAUCAUGAGGACCGCUACCUUCACCACAGCCACCCCCCGGCCUGCCCUGGCCCCAUCGAGAUCCAGGAGUCAGACACCCACAAGCUGCCCCACUGUGCCUCCUUCAGAGAAGAGCUCUUACACUGGGCACUGCGUCUCCAACAGGCCUGGAUUGCACCUGGGGCCCAACCCCAAGGAGCUAGGUCAGAGCGGAGUGGACAGCUCGGGGUACUCGUCGUCCGAGGGGACUGACAGGAAGCCCGUGUCUGCCACCAGCAGUACCGGGGGAUCGAGUAUUCCCAGUGACGCUCCCAGUUCCGAGUACAUGAACAGAAUCAACACUGCCUUCUUAAAGCUAAUGGACUCUGCCUCAUUGAUGGCUGUCACAGCUCACUCAAAACUAAUGCAUCUGCCAGCUUUAGUUGACACUUCACUCAGCAGACGCAUGAAGAAAGCGUGUGCUCUGUUUCUCCUUCUCCUCAUUGCACUUCUAUGUAUCUGGUUCCUCCUUCCCCUGUUGACCUUGUUCAUCUCCCACAUGACACCAGCACAGACCCCGGCGUUGAAAAAACCCAGGGGUCAGCCUGUUAUCACUGCCACUCCUCCUCCUUCUCCUUCUCCUUCUCUUCCUCCUCCUCAACAAACCAACACCAUGCGUGAUGCACCUGUGGUGGAUCAGGCGGUUGUGUCUGCUGUUGUGGAAAAGAAGAUGCAGCAUGUUUUGGCGGAGCUGCAGCUAAAGCAGCAACAGCUUCUGUCUCAGAUGAAGGAGCAGAUAAAGCUGGACAUGCAGGGUGUUAAUGCUAAACUUGAGGUUCUGGACUCGGACGGUCAGCUGCAUCUGGAACAGGAGGCUGCUGCGCUGGCCAGGCAGAUGGAGGAAUAUCAGACUGAUAGCAGAUCUGCUGCCUCCAGCCUUAGCUUCAGGAUCCAAGCUCUGGAGGCCCAGAAUGCUAAACUGCACCAGGAGCUGUCGUCCAUCCGGCUGAUGCCUCCUCCUGCCCCUGACCAUCUAACCCCAGAGCUCCAACAGGCCAUAGAGAGGUGGCUCACUGACCGCAUCAAGGAGCAGGAUGUUCUCAGACUCAGUGACAAAGUGAGCGACGCAGACUGUGGACGUCCCGUGGCUGACAGAAUGGCCGACUUUGCCCUGGAGACUCAAGGUGCCAGUGUGAUCAGCACCAGGUGUUCAGAGACGUAUCGGAUUCGCUCAGCGUGUGUGACGCUGUUCGGUUUCCCGCUCUGGUAUCCGUCUGAAAGCCCGCGCACUGUUAUACAGGGUUACCCAGUGCUGCUUCCUGGCAAAUGUUGGGCGUUCCACGGGGUCCAGGGAACUCUCGUCAUCUCUCUCUCUCACCCUGUAAAGAUAAGUCACGUGACGCUCGACCACCUGCCGCGCUACAACUCCCCCACCGGCCGCAUCGACUCGGCACUCAAAGACUUUGAAGUCUAUGGAUUGAAGGACGACAGUGACGAGGGGACACUGUUGGGGACGUUCACCUACGAUGAGGAAGGAGAGUCGACGCAAACAUUUGAACUACCUAACCCCAGCGACGAGGUGUACAAGUGUGUGGAGCUGCGCGUCCUCAGUAACUGGGGUCACGUGGAGUACACGUGUCUUUACCGAUUCCGUGUUCACGGAAAGAUGGCGUCGACGUGAAAACCUGGAGAGGACAUUUGCAACGUGCGCUUUGUUAUGUAAGGAAAUGGAUGAAUCUGUGCUCGCGCUACUAAAACGGCUCAUGGUACUUCUGUGUGUCUCUGUGUGUGUGUGUGUGUGUGUGUGUGUCAGCAGGUUCUGAUGUGACAAGUGACAAAAAUCAUAGGUUUGUUUGUUUUUUAACACACAAUUUCAAAUGCACUCUUUGUCUAUCUACCUUGUGUUUCCCGUCAUGCCAGCGUGCCACAAAACUCCUGUUAAAUGAAUUAUUAUUGAUAUUUAUCGUCGGGUAUCGUCUCCUGCUUUGCACUCGUAAAGUCCGCUGCUAAUGAAGGUUAAUCUCAGUGCUGGUACUUACACUUAAUAAUGAUACGACAUAAUUAUGUUCGUUCAGAUUAUUGCCACUUAUAUUUUCAUUAAUUUAUCGAAUGUUCUGUCAUUUUUUGUUGUUUGUUUUCGUGCGACCGAUAGUCCAGAAUAAUCAAAGACGAGAGAAAAUGAACUGAAAGUAUUAAACCUUUUUAAUAUAAUUUUUGCUUUGAUCACUUUGUUUAAAUGUCAAUAUUCAAUAUUAGUUACCUUCUCCUGUCGCUGAUGAGACUGAAAACUCUUCACAGUGACGGUUUGUUACUGGUGAUUUUUUUUUUUUUUAAAUACACACGUGGUCAUUUAUUGCUGGAACUUGAAUACUUGAAAAAGGUCUUUUUCUAAUCUCUCUCUCUUUAAGUGUCAUGUUGACUCCAUGACGCUAUUGUACAUAAGUGUUUUUUUUUUUUU